GGCUCCCUCUGUGUCAAACAUGGCUGUGCUUUUGAAGAAAGAAAAAUGCUGAAUUGUGUUGCAGAAUUUCGCCAAAAGAGGAAACCAUGGCUAGACUGGCUGAUUAUUUCAUAGUGGUGGGAUACGACCAGGAUAAAGCUGGAUCUGGUGAAGGAUGUGGCAAGAUCAUUCAGCGCUUCCCCAAAAAGGACUGGGAUGGCACGGCAUUUCCCCAGGGUGUGGAGAUGUUCUGCCAGCCUGGUGGAUGGAGACUGUCCCGUGAGAGGAAACUCCCGACAUUCUUCACAGUGGUGCUGACAGACAUAGACUCAGAACGACACUUCUGCUCCUGUCUGACCUUCUUUGAGGCAGAGGUCAACCUGCAGGGCUCAAAGACGCUGGAGACAGAUGGGGAUGGAGCUGAGGAUGUGGACGAGGAAGAGGAGGAGGAUGGUUUGAUCCAGCCAGCUCAAAUCUUUGCACCCAAAAGUUUGAUUCUCGUCUCCAGGCUGGAUUACCCAGAAAUAUUUAGAGGCUGCUUGGGUCUGAUCUACACCGUGUACAUUGACAGUCUGAGCGUCCCUCUGGAAGGGCUGGUGGCAAACCUCUUCACAUGCUUGAUCCCAGUGGCUGGAGGUUCCCAGAAGCUCUUUUCACUGGGAGCGGGGGACCGGCAGCUCAUCCAGACCCCACUCAAUGACACUCUGCCAGUCAGCGGUAAAAGUGUAGCGCUCCUCUUCCAGCAGUUAGGGAUCCAGAAUGUUCUUAGUCUAUUCUGUGCGGUUCUGACAGAGCACAAGGUUUUGUUCCACUCUUCCAGCUAUCAGAGACUUGGGGAGGCCUGCCGUGCCUUAGAGUCCCUCAUGUUUCCUCUUAAGUACAGCUACCCCUACAUUCCCGUCCUCCCAUCUCGACUGCUGGAGGUGUUGAGCUCGCCUACACCCUUUAUCAUCGGAGUGCACUCCAUGUUCCAGAGCGAGAUCCAAGAGCUGCUCGAUGUGAUCAUUGCUGACCUUGACGGAGGAACAAUUAAAGUACCGGAGUGUAUACACCUCUCCCAGCUCCCCGAACCCCUGUUGCACAAUACUCAAAAAGCACUGUCCAUGGUUUUGCACCCAGAUCUGGAAGGAGCAGAUAAUGCCUUCCCACCCCCUCGUUCUGCUCCAUCCAACCUCAAACUGCUGGAUAAGGAGGUGAGGGCGGUCUUCCUGCACUUGUUUGCACAACUCUUACAGGGCUACAGGUCCUGUCUGCAACUCAUUCGCAUCCAUUCCGAACCUGUGAUUCACUUUCAUAAGGCUGCCUUCCUGGGCCAGCGGGGCCUGAUAGAAAAUGAUUUCCUGACCAAGGUGUUGGAUGGCAUGGCCUUUGCGGGAUUCGUGUCUGAACGGGGACCUCCAUACAGAGCCUGUGAUCUGUUUGAUGAGCUGGUGGCUUUAGAUGUAGAAUGCUUUAAGGAGGAAGAGGAGAACCUGGUCAAAUUCCAGAAGCGCUUGCGAGAGCUGUCCGAGCAACUUUACAAAAACGAGAACCCAAACCCCCACAUGGCCUUCCAGAAAGUGCCUCGGCCCACCGAGGGCUCACACCUGCGGGUGCAUGUGGUGCCCUUUCCCUUGUUGGAGGAGGAGAGGGUGGAGGAGUUGAUACAGGAAGGCCUUGCCAAGCAGCACACCGCCCCUAUCAGUACCCGUCCAGAGAGGAAGUGUGUGGUGCCUGCUGGACCACCUGUGGUGUCUAUCAUGGGCAAGCCCAGCUCGGUUUUUAACAGCGCUCGUAGACUGGAGGUGGUCCGGACGUGCAUCGGUUUCAUCUUAGACAACAAGACUCUGGAGACAGAGAAGGCACUCCCUGCGGCUCUUCGGGCGCUGAAAGGCAAAGCAGCACGCCAGUGCCUGACCGAAGAGCUCAGCCGCCACGUGCAGCAGAACCGUGCUAUCCUGGACCACCAGCAGUUUGAUCAUAUCAUUCGCAUGAUGAACUGUGCUCUACAGAAACUGGCAGCUGGCGUGGACCAGUUCGCCUACACCUGCAUACAAGACCAUCCCAUCUGGACCAAUCAGCAAUUCUGGGAGGCCACCUUCUACUCUGAGGUGCAAAACCAGAUCAGAGCGCUUUACCUCACCGCCCCUGAGGAAAAACAACUCAUCACCGCCAAGAUCAAGGAACAGAGUACACUGUCCACAGCAUCCAGUGAGUCAGAACGAACCGCUAUGGACCUCGCAGCAGAGCAGUUACGUGCUUGGCCCAGUCUCAGCAAAGAGAAGCAGCAGGAGCUGGUGAAGAACGAGGAGAGCACAGUGUUCAGCCAGGCCAUCCACUACGCCAGCCUGAUGGUCUACCUGCUCGUACCGCUGGACACCAGCAAAAUCAAGCUGCUGCGCUCCACACCUGCAGCCGACUGGGAGAGCGGCAGCAACAGCAUCCUCACGAACAGUAUUGCAGGGAGUGUGGCCGAGAGCUUUGAUACUGAGAGCGGAUUUGAAGACUCUGAGACCAGUGAUGUUGCCAACUCUGUGGGGAGAUUCAUCUCUCGUUUCAUUGACAAAGUGUGCACAGAGAGUGGAGUGACACAGGAUCAUAUCAAGAGUCUGCAUAGUAUGAUUCCAGGUCUUGUGGCAAUGCAGAUGGAGACUUUAGAAACGGUUCAUAGAGAAAGCAGAAGACUGCCUCCCAUUCAGAAGCCCAAGAUCCUGCGGCCUGCCCUGCUACCCGGAGAGGAGCUGGUGUCCGAGGGGCUACGGGUGGUCUUGGACCCUGAUGGUCGAGAAGAGGCCACCGGCGGGCUUCUGGGAGGGCCACACAUCCUGCCAGCAGAGGGAGCACUCUUCCUCACCACUUACCGUAUCGUUUUCAAAGGCACUCCUCAUGACCCACUAGUUCUUCACACAAAGCUGUUAACACUAUCGAAGACCAUUGUGAAAGGGGCUAAAAGGGCAGGCAUGAUCACAAUGGGCCGCCAGUCCACUAUGAAGAAAAACGAAAAGGGCAGUCGCAUGACGUGGCAUGAGGAUGAUGACAUCUCCAUCUCAGAUGAUGGUGAGCCCCCCACCAGCAGCACACUGAAGGCCUCAGAGAAGUCCACUAUGGAGCAGUUAGUGGAGCGAGCCUGUUUCCGUGACUAUCAGAGGCUGGGCUUGGGUACCAUUAGCGCUAGUUCCACACGGUCUAAAAGCGGAGAGCAGUUCCGUGUUACGGCAGUCAACAGGCUCUACUCGUUGUGUCGCAGUUACCCGGGUCUCCUGGUGGUGCCUCAAACCGUUCAGGACAGCAGCCUCCAUAAGGUGUCCCGCUGCUACCGGCACAACCGUCUGCCAGUCGUGUGUUGGAAACACCCUCGCACCAAAGCGGUUUUACUUCGUUCGGGUGGUUUUCACAGCAAGAGUGUGGUUGGACUUUUCAAGUCUCAGAACCCUUCUUCAGCAGCUCCGACUUCCUCAGAGACCUCCAGCAGUCUGGAACAGGAGAAAUACCUGCAGGCCAUCCUCAGCUCCAUCCCCAUCUACUUCAAACCCAACGGCAACAACACCCUCACCAACCGCUCCCUCAUCGGCUUGUCCCCAGCAAGCGAAAGAAGAGCAUCAAGAAUACCAAAGAUGGUCCCUGUCCAUUUAGACAUUUCCUUCACCAAUAGUUUCGCCAGAGGAGUACUUGGGUACAGAGAUAAACUAUUCACUCACUCAAACCAAAAAGCUCCAGCUAAGGGAAGAAUUCACAAUCAAGGUGUGUGGGCUAGUCUGCGCUCUAGCAGCAGAUUCAUCCAGCAUCCCGCUGCUGCCAACGUGGGCACGCGGUUAGCUGGCAAGGAUCUGGCGCCCCCUACAGGCAUUGAGAACCUCCAGGCCCAACUCCUCAAGCACCAAGCUGCUCUCUACAUCUUUGGCGAAAAGUCUCAUCUCAGGGGCUUAAGACUGGACUCAGCACUGAACUGUGAACUGGUGCCGGUAGAGUUUGCAGACACAAAACAGGUGAAGGGCUCUUUCAAGAAGCUUCUAAGAGCGUGUGCACCCAGUUCCAUGUCCUCAGACACAGAGGACUCGUUCCUUAAGGCUCUGGAGGAGAGCGAAUGGAUGCUACAGCUACACAAGCUGCUGCAGCUGGCUCUGGUUGUGGUUGAGUUGCUGGACAGUGGAUCAUCUGUACUAGUUAGUCUUGAGGAUGGCUGGGACAUUACCACUCAGGUGGUUUCCCUUGUGCAGGUGCUCAGUGAUCCAUUCUACAGGACCUUAGAGGGCUUUCAGGUGCUUUUGGAGAAAGAGUGGCUGUCUUUUGGCCACAAAUUCAGCCAACGUGGCAACCUGACCCCCAGCAGCCAGGGCAGCGGCUUCACUCCCAUCUUCCUCCAGUUUCUUGACUGUGUCCAUCAGGUUCAUUACCAGUACCCCCUUGAGUUUGAGUUUAAUCAAUACUAUCUGAAGUUUCUGGCAUACCACUACGUCUCCAAUCGCUUCAAAAACUUCCUUCUGGAUUCGGACUAUGAGCGCCUGGAGCAUGGCACAUUGUUUGAGGACAAAGGAGAAAAGCAGUCCAAGAGAGGAAUCUGUAUCUGGGAGUGUAUCAACCGAAUGCACCGCAAGAGCCCUCUCUUCUUCAACUACCUGUACAGUCCCUCAGAGACGGAGGCGGUGUUGAAACCGCUGAUUUCGAUCCCCAAUCUGGCGACAUGGGAGUUCUACACUGGAGAGGCGCUGUCCACAGGCCCCUCUUAUGACUGGUGUAUGCUCGCGAUGCGCUCACAGAGCACAGAAGAGUCAGACACCAUUGCCACCACCAAGAGGAGGAUCGUCUGGCCAUGUUACAGCAGUGUCAGCCGUGCCCAGCCUGAUGCCAUCACCAAACCCUUGGCUGACAUUGAGAGGCUGGAGGGAGAACUAGGGCAGCAGUCUGAGCCCUGGCACACCACGCUGGAGAAGGUGCGAGACAGCAUCCAAGAAGACCUCAAACAGGAGGGCAAUCUGCGGAAACAGUCAGUGUCCAUCUCUGGUUUGGUCCCCACCUCCAACCUGCAGGCCUAUCAGCGACACUCCAUGUUGCACCUACCUGACAGCGACCUCGGAGAGGACAGUAGUCCCACUGCAGUCAACGGGGUUAACCGCAGGGCAGCCACGCUCUACAAUCAGUUUACCCCAAAGAAUGAAGACAAUAGAUCAUUUGAAGGAAUCCUGUACAAGCGAGGGGCAUUACUUAAAGCUUGGAAAGCUAGGUGGUUUGUUCUUGACGUAACAAAACAUCAGCUGAGGUAUUAUGAGACGGAUGAGGAUACAAACUGUCGUGGCUAUAUUGACCUGGCUGAAGUGGAAUCUGUCCUGAUUGCCACACCAACUAUAGGAGCCCCCAAACACAUCAGUGAAAAGGCUUUCUUUGAUCUGAAGACCACUAAACGAGUGUACAACUUCUGUGCAGCAGAUGCUCAGACUGCCCAGCUAUGGAUUGAUAAGAUCCAGAGCUGCAUCUCAGAUGCAUGAAGCCUUUUUCUUCAGCAUUACCUCUCACUGCAGGGAGACUCACUGUGCAAUUAGUAGGACCAUAGUAAACCCUUCAGUGCCUGUUGAAAAUCCUGCACCUGAGCAGUGACGUACAAAAACACUGCCCCGUUCACUAGUCUGUGGAGCUGCAUUUUCUGCGUCCCACUACCUGCGCUCAAAAACUUGAUCCUGAGCUUCUGUUUCAGGUGAUUGGUGAAAUGAUGCAAUGCACUACUCUGAUAUUUGCUGAACAAACUGCUACAUGCAACUAAGACAAAGCAAUAGCACUAAUCUUAAACUCUGGGUCAAAAUAGUAGUGACAAGUGUGUUCUGCAAAACAAAAAUACUGUUGCUGCUGUUAAAAUGCAAAACAAGCACCAAAAUCUGACAGAUGUUUAGAAAGAUGCACAAUGUGUAAAAGGCAAAUAAUUUGCACUUAUUGAUAUGCACUCCGUACAAAACAGAUUUUUAAUGACUAGAACAACUAGGCUAAAGGCAUUAUGUUUUAACAACACAUAAAAGCUUGGAGC